AUGCCUUCCAAGACCAACGACAAGUACACGGAUCCAGAGCUUCGCGAUGAGGUCAAGGAAGAGAUCCAGGCUGGCGACAAAGGAGGUGCACCCGGCCAAUGGUCGGCUCGGAAGGCGCAGAUGAUGGCCUCUGAAUAUAAGAAGCGCGGCGGUGACUACACCACAGACAAGAAGGACGAGAGCGCAAGGCACCUUGACCAGUGGAAAGAAGAGGAAUGGCAGACGAAGGAAGGCAACGGAAGCGCAAAGGAUGAAAAUGGCUUAGAACAUCGGUACCUGCCGAAGAAGGCCUGGGAACAAAUGAGUGAGAAGGAGAAGGAAGAGACAGAUGCGAAGAAGCAAGAAGGAAGUGAAGAGGGCAAGCAACACGUCGCCAACACCUCGAAGGCUGCGCACGCCAGGAAAGAUGCUAGCAAAGACGACAAGACCAAUGGGGAUACCAAGAUCGAAAAGAAGAGUAAUACGGAUUGCACCACGCAAUGGGACGACCCGGAUCACAUGGAGAACGACCAACGAGAAUACCAGAAGUUUCUUGAGUCCAACCGCAAGUCUAGGAGCCCAUCUCAAGACGAUCACCCGGGCAAGAAGCGUGGACGCGGUGCAAAUGCAGAGGUUCCGAAUAAGAAACAGAAGGGUGCAGGUGGAAAGCGCGGUGAACCGAUUGGAGCUGCCGGCGACAAGACUCGGGUACCGAAGAAGGGCCAGAAAGUUCAAUGGCACUCGCUGCCUGGCUAUGUCAACGGUGAAGUUGUUGAGGUUGUGUAUGAGGAAAAGACGGUUGACGGAAAGAGCGUCAAGGCGAGCAAGGAGGACCCCAGGGUGGUACUGAGGAGCGAUUCGUCAGGAAAAAUCUGUGUGCACAAGCCGGAGGCAGUGUAUUUUGAUUAG